GUCCGCUGGUCUCUCAUUCCUUCCGCUGAGCGGGCAUAUAGUUCACUGAGGGCCUUAUCUUCGACUUUACGAUCUUCCAAUAGUCUUUCCAGACGUCAGGUACUCGGGACCACCGAGUCUGCUACUAGUACGCGUCUGCCAUGUAUCCGUCCCGCCUUCCAUGUUGCACGUCCCUGCUAUCAUGCUGCCUCGCUAUCCUACUCCUCUCCGCCCCAACCUUCGCCAUUAAAUUUACUCUGCAAUCCUCCCGCUUCCCUCCAGCAAAAUGCAUCUGGAACACGGUACACGAGAACACGCUCGUCAUCGUGACCGCCAACGUCGGCCCAGGGGACAAGCAGCGCGUAGACGUGGAAAUUGUGGACAACAGUGCUACCAGGAACCAGUACUUGCACAAGAGGGACAUCAAUGGAGAGACGAGGCUGGCGAUUACGACCCAUGCGGAGGGGGAUGUCGGGGUGUGCUUCCGGAAUUACCUGGAUGGUGAUGUGCCUGACAAGGAGAGGCUAAAAUAUAGUCGCGUCAUUGACUUGGACGUCGACAUUGGGGCGGACGCCGUGGAUUACAACGCUAUUGCGAACCAGGAGUCGUUAUCGGGGUUAGAGGUGGAGAUGCGCAAGCUCGAGGGCAUCGUCCAGGAGAUCGUCGACGAGAUGAAUUACCUAAAAGCGAGAGAAGAGCGGUUCUCGCAGACUAACGAAUCGACGUUACGACGAGUGCAAAACUUCUCGUGGUUCAUCAUAUUCUCUUUGCUGGGACUCGGGGCAUGGCAGAUUUUCCAUCUGCGAGCAUACUUCAAGCGCAAGUACCUUAUUGACUAGGCUCAUCUCCCUUGUCGGAUUCUGGGACAGUAUGUAGUCAGCCUAAUCUAUGUAGCGCUAUUUUAUGGGCUUCACUCUGGAUAUUACCCUUCAGCUAUAGUGGGG